AUGGAAUAUUUUGAAAUAAUUUUUAUUGCCCUAGCCUUCAUAGUUCUUGUGACAUUCUCGAAGUCCUUAAUUUCCUUUACAAGGAACAAGAAGAAAAUGGCACUUUUAUUUUUACUUCCAAGUGGAAUAAUUUUGGGUGCUGCAAUUUAUUUUAUGAUAUUUCCAGGUUUUGAUUCGGGAGAAAUUUACAAGUUUGAUGGAGAAAAAAAUAAAAUUGCAGGCAAAAGUGAAAAGUAUAAGGUUGAAGUCAUUGAUUAUGAGGCCAAACCAGUAGACCUAAGGGGCUUUGUAUCCUAUUCUGGUAAUACAAAAAAGAUCAGGGACAAGUUCUUUGGCAAGGGGCUUAACAAGACCGAAGUAAAGGGAAGAAUCUAUGCACCCAAGGACUUAAAGAAGGCUCCAGUCUUGUUUGUUGUCCAUGGCAACCACAGGCUCACAACAAAAAAUUAUCUUGGAUAUGACUAUCUAGGCCAUUACCUAGCCAAGAGGGGGAUAGCCGUGGUAUCUGUCGACAUGAAUAUGUUAAAUGGAUUUAUGAGCUUUGGACUUGGGAAUGAAAAUGAUGCAAGGGCGGUCCUCCUACUUGAGAAUAUGGAAAAUAUUUUUAAGAGGAAUAGGACAAAGUAUAGUGUCCUUUACAAUAGGUUCGACAAGGACAAUAUUGCCCUAAUGGGUCACUCAAGAGGUGGCGAGGCAGUAGCAAUUGCCUACAACUUUAACGAGCUCAAACUACAUCCAGAUAAUGGCAAGCUAACUCACAAUUAUAACUUUGACAUCAAGGGGAUAAUUACUGUUGCCCCAACCUACAACCAAUAUCAACCAGGUGGAAAGGAUUUAAUUUUAAGAGAUGUAAAUUAUUUUACCAUUGGCGGAACAAAUGAUGCCGACGUAGAUGGUUUCGAAGGUAUGCUCCUCUAUGACAAUGUAUUUUUUUCUGGUAAAAAGGACAAAUUUAAGGCUGGACUCUAUGUUGGCUAUGCCAACCAUGGCAAUUUCAAUAAACUUUGGGGGAUUUUGACUCCGACCCAGGCGAGGGAUUUUUCUUAA